GACACACAACAACAAGGUCCGCAGCACGUUUAAGCAUGUUUAGCCACUGUUGAAUGCAGGUGGCAGAACGCAGUCGCUGUCCCUGGUGCUGAAUGCUCUCGCCAGUCGAUCUGCGGCAAGCGUUGCGAGACAGUAAACGUUUUUUGGUCGAGAAAAUACCCAUGGACUGACGUGAAUGCUGAACAACCAAGCGGUUAACAUAGCGCUGUGCAGAGUAAAUUGGAUCUCAAGUCCUCUAAUGUUUGAAGGAUGGAGAGAUUUUUCCUGUCAACCGUGCCACUGCUAAUUCUCAGCUGCCUAUGUGUCUCUCGCGUUUUAGCGGACAGCUUGUCGGCUCCUGUCAAUGUGACCAUCAAGGCUCUGAAGGCCAACUCUGCCGUGGUGACAUGGGACAUCCCCGAGGGGGACCCCGUCAUCGGCUUCGCCAUCACACAGCAGAAAAAGGAUGUGCGCAUGCUACGCUUCAUCCAGGAAGUGAACACCACCACCCGCUCCUGUGCAUUAUGGGACUUGGCGGAGGAGACCGACUACAUUGUGCACGUGCAGUCCAUCAGCAUGAGUGGGCCCAUGAGUCCGCACAGCGAACCCCUGCGCUUCCGGACACCCAAGGAGGCCGAGACACAGGCCUCCAAGAGUAAAGACGAGGUGACCAUGGAGGAAGUGGGAGCUCAGCUGAGGGCGGGGGAGUUCAUCAUUAUCGUGGUGGUGCUGAUCAUGUGGGCAGGUGUGAUUGCUCUCUUCUGCCGUCAGUAUGACAUCAUCAAAGACAACGAGCCCAACAACAACAAGGACAAAGCCAAGACCUCAUCAGAGUGCAGUACUCCGGAGCACCCAACGGGGGGGCUGUUGCGCAGUAAGUUCCCCAAGAACAAUAACAACAACAACCGUACUCCAUCUGUGAACAUCAUCGAGCUGUGAUGACUAGGACCCCCUCUAAUCCAAAGGACUGAGUGUCUUCUGAACAGAGCAACCAAAAUGCCCGUUAUGCCCAUCUGCUUGUUAGGGUGAGGCUGGGACUGUGGGCGCGCCCCCUUGGCCGUGCCCAGCCCUUUGGCAUGGGGCUUGGAUGUGAACUGGGCCCCCAGGACUCCAGGGGUUAGGCCUCAAAGAAGAGGCUCUAGGUGUGAUAGCAGGACUGUGGCUGUCACUGCUCUAAUCACUGCCACAGGGCCAAGGAGAUAAGGGCCAAAUGAUUCAGCUGUAAGCUGAGAAACAGACGGGAGAUAUGAACAUGGCCAGGGGACUGCAGGUAACCAGGGCCAGAGGCCAUCUCUCUAUUAGCUUCAGUGCAGGCUGCUGAGGGGAGGACAGCUCAUAAUAAUGGCUAGAACAUAGUUUUAUUAUUAUGAUCCGUCCUCCCCUCAGCAACCUCCACUGCUCAGCAUGUUAUCAAUGAACUGAAACACACUGUUUCCCCCCUGUUCACCAUGCUUCAACCGAGGCUGGAGCACUGAGAACCGUGUGAAAGUGAAUUCCACCUGUUUCUCUCUUAAACAGUAACCUUGUUUCUUUAUUUAUGUGUCUCCUACCAAGCUCUUGCUGUAAGGCACAUACUGCCUUUGAUACUGCCAUAGAUCUCCCUAUGGUUAUCUAGAUCUCCCUAUGGUUAUAUACAUCUCCCUGUGAUUAUAUAGACGUCCCUAUGGUUAUCUAGAUCUCCCUAUGUUUAUAUAGACCUCCCUAUGGUUAUAUAGACCUCCCUAUGGUUAUCUAGACCUCCCUAUGGUUAUCUAUACCUCCCUAUGGUUAUCUAGAUCUCCCUAUGUUUAUAUAGACCUCCCUAUGUUUAAAUCGACCUCCCUAUGGUUAUAUAGACCACCCUAUGUUUAUAUCGACCUCCCUAUGUUUAUAUAGACCUCCCUAUGGUUAUAUAGACCUCCCUAUGUUUAUAUCGACCUCCCUAUGGUUAUAUAGACCUCCCUAUGGUUAUAUAGACCUCCCUAUGUUUAUAUAGACCUCCCCAUGGUUAUAUAGACCUCCCUAUGGUUAUCUAGAUCUCCCUAUGUUUAUAUAGACCUCCCUAUGUUUAUAUCGACCUCCCUAUGGUUAUAUAGACCUCCCUAUGUUUAUAUCGACCUCCCUAUGGUUAUAUAGACCUCCCUAUGUUUAUAUCGACCUCCCUAUGUUUAUAUAGACCUCCCUAUGUUUAUAUAGACCUCCCCAUGGUUAUAUAGACCUCCCUAUGGUUAUCUAGAUCUCCCUAUGUUUAUAUAGACCUCCCUAUGUUUAUAUCGACCUCCCUAUGGUUAUAUAGACCUCCCUAUGUUUAUAUCGACCUCCCUAUGGUUAUAUAGACCUCCCUAUGUUUAUAUCGACCUCCCUAUGUUUAUAUAGACCUCCCUAUGGUUAUCUAGAUCUCCCUAUGGUUAUAUAGAUCUCCCUAUGGUUAUAUAGACCUCCCUAUGGUUAUACAGUAAAGACCUCCCUAUGGUUAUAUAGAUCUCCCUAUGGUUAUAUAGACCUCCCUAUGGUUAUAUAGACCUCCCUAUGGUUAUACAGUAAAGACCUCCCUAUGGUUAUAUAGAUCUCCCUAUGGUUAUAUAGACCUCCCUAUGGUUAUAUAGACCUCCCUAUGGUUAUCUAGAUCUCCCUAUGGUUAUAUAGAUCUCCCUAUGGUUAUAUAGACCUCCCUAUGGUUAUAUAGUAAAGACCUCCCUAUGGUUAUAUAGAUCUCUGUGGUUAUCUAGAUCUCCCUAUGGUUAUCUAGAUUUCCCUAUUGUUUUCUAGAUCUCACUCUGGUUAAACUCCCUGAAACAUCCUCUGAGAGAUGUUUUCAUUCGAUCAAGGAAUCCAGACAACACAGGGCUAAUUUGGGAGACCUAUCUGACGCAAGGUGAUGGCAAUGACGUCAGAGCAGGAUCAAAAGAUUACUCAAAGAUUGUGCGGCAGAAUUCUCAACAUAUCUGGAGUAUUAAAACUCGUUAGCUCUGUCAGCAGAAAGAACAAUGUAAUUGAUAAACAAAGUUGGUCUGUGCAUACACACACCAAGAAACUUCUUAUUCACCAUUGGUCAUCUUAAAUAUUGAAUUGUCCUUGAAAGUAUGAUUUUUUUUUUACUGAUUAGUAGAUUUAUAUUUUUGAAGUGUAUCCUUUCUCUAAUCACCUACUUUUAUUAGUGAGCGUUCUAGAGAGGAGAAAGCAAAUACGAUUUAGGCAAGUCUUGUUAAGUUUAUGGACUCACCUUUAAGAGGGACUUGACUCAUGUGUAUAGACUGGAUGUAUCUGAAGAAGGGCUAAACAGGCCUCUCCCAUGUCAGCAAUAACAUCACUGAGUGUGGCAGUGGAGCGUCUCACACACCAGCAGGCCAUGAAACACCUGGGAGGGUCACACCUGUCCACGUACUUCCCAACAUUCUGAGCUCGGGGGCAACAAUACUCAACAGACUUGAUGCAGGGUGACUUUAAAAGGUGAUUGACAUUGUUAGGGUUUUUGAGGAGUUUAAAUACGUUUUAUUUUAUGAGUAUCCUUGUUUAUGAAAGACCUUUCUAUGAAAUGCCUGCCACCUCCAACUUGCCCUGAAAGUUGCCACUAGGGUGCCCAGGCCUAAUUAAAGAUUUGAUCACAAGCUCCAUAUGUUGGUUCUAAACUUUGACCCCUUUAAUUCAGUCCCAUCUGACACCAUCACUAGUUGCCAGCUUGACAGAAGGGCUUCUACCAAAGAGGAAGCGGCGAAGCGAGAGGGAUUACUCCAUCAAAAUGUGUCUACGAUAAGCAGACUGAAAGCAGACUGAUAAGCAUACCGAUAAGCAGACCGCCUGCCCUCCCGCCUUUGGGACAACAACUCCGAUUGUUAGGGUGGGGACUAACCUAACGUAGCAGGCGUAAAGGAAACGCUUGCCCAGAGUUCCCACAUCCCAUUUUCAGUGGAAAAUGAAGCUACGGUUGAUGAUAGCGCAAUGGUUGAAUUAAUGUUGUUUCCAGGUGAUUUCAAUGAAACUAAGUUGAACCAACAUGGAAUAGACGUUGAAUUAACGGCUGUGCCCAGUGGGCCGUACCCCUGAAAACCCGGAUGCAUCUGCUAAGGGUGGGAGGAGACUAGUCCAUCUCGUCUUUAUAUACAGUAUCUCUGCUUCUACGGACUCAUCUUCUUCACCGUGUGUGAGUCCACCCUUCCCACCCCAUGUACUGUGUAUCACAGACACAGACAGAGGUGUCAUUGACAUGCUGUAUGAAGAGACUAUAAUGUGGAGAUUCUCAAUGGGCCUAACAACCUCCUCCACAUCCCCAUGAAUGGGACAUCGCUGUGGUGAAUGAGGUCAUGUGUUUUAGGGCUGAUUAAAAAAGCACUGCCUUAAAUACCUAAAUCUUCCAUUUUCUUUGAUAGGAUGGAAUGAUAAAGGCCCAAUUUGUUCCACAUGUUUUCCAUUUCCCCUUUCCUUGCCUCUUGUCCCAUGGGAAGGCUGCAGUAUGGUGGUCUGUCUGCAACCGUUUGAAGUUGGUUUAUGGGAAACAUGCUAAGAGAAAAACUAUAAUUAGAUUUCAGAGCACAUUCCUAAGGGAUGGGUGAACGUAAUGCUCAAUGAAGAGCAUGACAGAUAAAUGUGUACAUACAUUUUCUCCAUUAUUAUUAUGUGGUUUCUAGAAAUGCUCCAUAUAAGUAUUAUUUGAGAAUAUAUUAUUAUGUUUUCAGGAAAUGGUUUGAGAGUCUCAAGGGCAAUUUAAAUAUAAUUUCAUUGUAGAAAAUGUGUUCAUGAUACUUCUUUGAUACUUCUUUGCUUUAUAUUUCUAUCACAUUCUAUGGUUGUCUUAUAGCCUAUAUCCAUUAUUAAACAAUCUUGUUAAUUGUGAAUAUAGAGGAAUAGAGAAAUCUUAAUAUUUGAAUAUAAUAAUAUCUUAAUAUUAGGAGGAUGGGCUCAUUGAAAUUGCUGGAAUGGAAUGAAAUGGAGUCGUACAUGUGAUUUCCAGUCAUUACAAAGAGCCUGUCCUCCUAUAGCUCCUCCCACCAGCCUCCACUGGUUUGUACAGUAUCUCAUGAAUUACUCCAGCUCUGUUACGACUCAUCACCUUCUGUGUCAGAUUAGCCAUUACUGAACUGUGACUGUUGACACAUCAAACAGCCUUCCGCUACUCCCCACCUUCCUAUCGCACACACACACACAGACCUAGACCUACACACACACACACAAAAACACUGAGGUAGCACACACUUAUGCACAGCGCACGCACACACACGCACGUACUCAUGCACACACACACUCUGAGGUAGCACACACGGACUAAGGUAGCACACAGUAAUUCCAGCUGUACCCGUUGCGGUGCAGACAGUCCUCCCUGCAGGUGAUUAACCUCGGCUGUGGGGGAGAGGCAGACUGUAAUGACAGGCAUAGCCCAGCGAUGUGGACAUGGGUUAUAGAAGGACAGAGCUGACUGAUAACUAAUACAAUGGCAGGGUUUUGUCUUUCUCUCUCUCCUCACUUCCACCUUUAAUGAGAAAGACGGGAGCAGAACUCGGCUUCCAUUUCUCCAAUAAACUGUGAUUCAUGUCAGGGACAAGAGCAGGCUUCAGGCAGAGAGGGAGGAGAGAGAAAAGAAAAUGAGGGAGGGAGAACGAAAGGAAUGAGAAGGAGAGGGCCCAUUUGAUUGAUUAACACAGACAUAUGGAUGUUCGGAGGACAAACUUGGUGUUCUGCUGCAUUACCCAAAGCACUUCUCACAAAAGUUUCUGUGCUGGAGGUUCAAAUCAAAUCAAAUGUAUUUAUAUAGCCCUUCUUACAUCAGCUGAUAUCUCAAAGUGCUGUACAGGAACCCAGCCUAAAACCCCAAACAGCAAGCAAUGCAGGUGUAGAAGCACG